AGCAGUAGUAGCAGCCAGUCGUGGCACACAUCUAGUCUGGCUAGUAUCAGGUUCACUGGGACAGGAAAAUGAACGUUCGAAACUGCAAGAACCACCGGUGCAUGAUACCGCUGGUGUGUAUCGUGUGUGUGUCCGUUAUCUCCUGGACCGUGUACCUCAAGUACAGUUUUAAAGAAAACCUCUUCGCUCCUGUUGAUCAAAUCACAAACUUACGCAAGAGGAUGGUGGCUCCCCUCACCUCGACCCACGAUGGCGGCAGUCUGCAUGGUUUACCCGGCACCGUCCCGCUACACAGAGCGCCAGAUCUGAAGAUUGACCUGGCCACACUGAAGCCAGAACUGGUGAUACAAACACAAGAGGUCAUCACACAAAAACCAGAGAUGACCAGAGAAAAACCAGAGUUGACCAGAGAAAAACCAGAGUUGACCAGAGAUAAACCAGAGUUGACCAGAGAAAACCCAGAGUUGACCAGAGAAAAACCAGAGUUGACCAGAGAAAAACCAGAGGUGACCAGAGAUAAACCAGAGUUGACCACUCACAAGCUAGAGGUGACCACGCUUGAUCACCCUGAGGCUACCUUCAAAUACAACUUCACCCUAGAACACGAGACAUGGCCAACUGUUUUCUUUAACGUGACUAUUCCCCAGAGUAAUUUUACAAGAAGCCCCAAGAACGUUCAGCGCAAAAAACUAAUUCUUCCCCAACCUCAAGUCAUGCCGCCCUCUGUGCCUUGGCCAGAAACUAACGACACGGUGCGGUAUUUAGUUUAUCUAUGCGAUGGCCGAAAUAUGUGCGGCGGUAUGGGCGACCGACAGAGAGGUCUAGUCGCUGUCUACGUCUUGUCUAGGAUGGUCAACCGGCGGUUUGGUAUGAUAAUGAUAAGUCCUUGUAACAUCACCAAUUUCUUCAUGCCGUUUAAAACACAGUGGAUACCACCACCAGACCUCGAACGGCCGUCUAAAAAUAACACCAUCAUUACCAUGACAACAGAAGGGAGGCUACUGUUCACAAACCUUACAGCUGGAGAUUUCAAUGAGAUGUUUCCUCAAAAAGUGCUGUAUAUUAAAACAAACACCGAUCUGUUCGCGUUUAUCAGCAGAAACAAGUUCUACUCCAGCCUGCUGAAGCAGUGGAAUGGCCUCCUCAAUAACAGAGGUCGAUUUCACUGGGCGUGGGGCCAACUCAUGCAGCCGUCGAGUGCCAUGUUGGCGGAUCUGGUGUCCAUACUUGGCGGGAACUUCCUCAAAAAGAAAGGUCUACUUCCGGUAUCUGAAAUUCAACCACCGGAAGUAAAAUCGCUGUACAAUGUUGGUAAUUCUAGCCUCAUCUGUGCGCAUGUCCGAAUAGGACAGAAUCCAUCCAACCCAUUUGAUGGUCCCUUUACUGCUGUAACUGUUAAAGAUUUGCCGCUGUUGUAUAAUUUCAUGCUAUCAAAGGACACUAACGGAAACGCCAUGUUUUACGUAGCAACGGAUUACAUUAAUGUUCGGAUUCAAUCGCGAAACUUUUUCGGUAAACGUUUCAUAGAAUAUGGCGCGAAAAUCACGCAUAUCGACCGCACGAGGACGGGGUCAGAAGCCUGCGAUGGUUUUAAGUGGAACAUUCUAGAUCAGUUCAUUCUAUCCUUAUGUGACGUUCUUGUGAUAAGUCCAAGCGGUUUCAGCAUUAGAGCUUACUACAUAAGCAACAGCGCAGACUCUACUUACAUUCUAGAAAAUGGAAAAAUUACCCCAUUUUAUGAAUGAUUGUUGUGAUUUUAUUUAAUGAGCGGGUUAUAUUUAAAUUUAAAAUGUAUGAAAAAAAU